CGACGUGCUGAUCCACAUGAGGUGCAAGUAGAGGACAACCAACUCGGUCGACAUUCGCUCCCGUGUCGAGGGCUCGGUGUGGCGACAGUAGCUAACAUUUACUCGACGAACCACAGAAAAUUAGUGUCAAGUAUCGACGAUUAACGUGAGGCGUUGAAGAAAAGUAUUACCAUGAAGCUACUGUGGGGGUUCAGCGCCCUUCUCUUGUGCUGUUACCGAGCCAGUGCCUCGACAGCGGGUUUUAUCAAGUCUCCCCUGUCUCAGAUGAAGCUGAUCAAUGACAGCGCAGAGCUGCAUUGUGAGGUGAUAGGGAACCCCAUCCCUGAGGUGCAGUGGUGGUUUGUAGAGGGUGAGGAGCCCAAUGAGACCUUCACCCAACUCUUUGACGGGGCACGGGAUGACCGUGUACGAAUAAACGCCACAUAUAUCGCACACGCCACCAGCACCAUUCACCUCACUAGCCUCACCCUUGAUGACUCAGGCACAUAUGAGUGCCGCGCUUCCAACGACCCUGACCGCAAUGAACUGAAGAAGACGCCCAAAAUCAAGUGGAUCCGCUCACAGGCAAACGUUAUUGUGAUCGAAAUGCCAAACAUCAUUGUGGAACCUGCAGAGGUCAUCAACCAGACCUCUGCUACCCUUAGCUGCAACCUGACAGACUCCACCCUUCCCAUCAAGGGCUCCUAUUGGACGCACAAUGGCAAAGUCAUUGAAAAUUCCAAGAACACUAUGGACUCUCCACACACUGUCCUUCAUUUGGAUAAGAUAACCAGCCAGUCUGGUGGAAAGUAUGAAUGUGUCUUCCAGACUGAUCCAGAGGUGAAGCAGACAAUUGAAGUCAAAACGACUCCUCAUGUUGCUGCCUACAAACACUCUGAGCAUGGCAAUGAGAAGGACAAGGCCAUGCUGGUCUGUGUGAGCCAUGGCUACCCACUGCCUGUUGACUGGCACUGGUUCAAGUUGGAGACUGAUGGAAGACAAAAGCCUAUCAUCAAUGGCACUAGCGACAAAUAUGAGAUCAAGAGCACCCCCAACAAGACCUCUCUGAUUAUCCAUGACUUGAACAUCAACGAGGACAUGGGAGAAUACGUUUGCUCUGGAACCAGUGAAAUUGGCAUCGCCACUGACACUAUCCAGCUGCGUGUCCGCAGCCGCCUCGCUGCCCUCUGGCCCUUCCUUGGCAUUGUGGCUGAAGUCAUCGUCCUGGUCACCAUCAUUUUCAUCUAUGAGAAGAGGAGAAAGCCCGAUGAGGUUAACGAUGAUGAUGACUCAGGAUCUGCUCCUCUGAAGAGCAAUUCUGCCUCAAACCACAAGGACAAGAAUGUGAGGCAAAGGAAUUCUAACUAGAAGAUGAAGGAGAUGGAGGUCCACAAGACAACAGUCCAUGAUUUCAAGAGAAUUCAGCUGUCGUGUGGCACAUUAUAUAGUGCACCCUGCAAUUACUUAACAAUUUUGUGCUUGAGUGUUAAAAUGGACUGAUUUGCUCCUGUUUUAUUUUCCUCUGUAUUCCUCUCCAUAUUGUGCAGCCAGGGAACAUAUAAUAUAAAAUUGUUUUAGCUUGAGGCCAUGGGGCAAAUACUGCAUGAGUUUAAUUCUAGCCAAGUGUUUGUCCGUAGUAAAAUCCAUUUAUAAUUUUGGUCACGUGGAGAAUGCUUUAUUGAUGGUUAUUUCUGUAUGUGGCAACGCUUUAUACACCGACUCACAAUUCUCUAUCUGUGUUCUUAUAUUUGUGAGCCUUGAAUGGCAACUUCUGAAGCAGCACAAGUUUUAAGGAUGUGAAAUGUUUUGAUCUUAGCACAUCACUGCCACUCUUUCAGCAAAUAGCUAAAAUGCUUUUAACCUCAGAUGUGUGCUCUGUCCCUCCACCCUCACAAACCAUCCUUGGCAGAAUUACGUAUUUUUGCCUUAACCAAGCUCCACUUCCUUUUUUGCCAUUUUGUUACUAGUUGAUCUAUUUAAAUGUUAACAUUUAGAAUUCAGUUCAGGAAGGAUCCUGCAUUAAAAUGCAAUCCCUCAAUGUUUUCUACUGUAAGAAAUGCACUGUUCAAAUAGUUCAAAUAGAAGAGCAAAGCAUUGCUAUUGUUUUAAUCAUACUUCGUUUCCAUUUACCUUUGAAUUUUUAAAUUGUAGUUUAAAUUACCAGUGCUUCUGUUGCCAUAGUCACAUCUACAUUAAAGAUACAAUGUCAAGGACCAAGUUUAAGAGAGAUGUAAGUGUGUAUUCAGACCUGUCUCGUUUCGAGCAGUUGUUACGAAGCGUUUCCCCCCAAAGAUCGGAACAAAGCAAACAAGCCACAGGUCUGAAUACACCCUAGGAUUGGCUGCGUGUGGUUACUGAAUACAAUCUUAAAGCCAAGCACCGAUGUUCAAAUCUAAAAUUACAGUUCAUCUGGAUGAUGGUUCUCCCUUUGUCUGUAUAAGAAACUAAAUGUGAUCUGAAAUGGAACAUCUAUGAUGAUUGAAACAUUUCUUGGCCCCUCACUUUGUAGGUGAUUUAGAAGCCAUAUGUUUACUCUGAUUAGUAUUGUGACAGGAUGUGUACCAUUUCAGAGAUAAAAAGAUAUGUCAGGAAGAUGAAAAGAUUGAUUUAAGUCCUUUUACCCAGCAAGUAGAUGGAGAACCGUUAAUUGUACCAACUUGGAGUCUGAAUAAAGUAUUUGAUUUUAAAGGU